AUGGGCAGAACACCAACUACACGAGCAUGCGACAGGUGCCACGCCGUCAAGGAGAAAUGUAGACGCGUCCCCGGCCAAAACGCGUGCGAACGGUGCCAUCGACUGCAGAACAUCUGCCAAAGCCUAAGACCCGUGGGAACUGCUGGCCGCAAGCCUCGUUACCAUCGCAAUGAGACUGCUACCCCCGAAGCUCACACACCCCGCGCCUCGAGCGAGAGCUCCUUUGCAGCCUCUCCAGCCUCGACGUCGCCAUCGCCCGUCAUUAAAGCCACCACUCCAGCCAGCGCUGUAUCUGACAUCACCCCCGUACCCAGGACGCCCUCCGUAUUUGCCGGUUUGAAUGAGCGCGAACUGUUCAUUGUCCAGUGCAUAUCCCAGGGACGGCCAAAGAUUGAACAAUUCUUGAUAGCGCCCAGCUUCCGUGUGACCCAUCACAAGACUUUUGCGCGACACCUUCACAAUGCGCCACCAUGGAUUCACGACGCGUUGAUCGCUACGGCCGCUCUGUUGGCCUGUGAAUAUGAUGCCGAGCCAUCCAACGAAGACAGAGCUAUUGGCCAUAGGAGGGCUGCUUCGGCCGUCUCUACUCUGCGCACUGUCAAGACAUUUCACCCCGGGGAACUCUCUUCCGUCUUGCUGCUCGCAGUGAGCGCCGUCACCUUUGCGCUGCAAGUCUCUGGAACCGCCUUGGCCAUUUGCAAGCACGCGCUCAACAUCAUCAAGCCUGUCUACGAAUCGAUUGAUUUACUCGACUCUGAUUGUCUGGCUCUUUUCGUCUGCCUCAUCAUGUCCGAGGCGGAGGAAUGCCUUUUGGUUGGCGAGAUGCCGACAGUACGAUUCAGAACCGACCUCUCGGAUGGAGCUGUGGAUCGCUAUAUGGGAAUCGCUUGGCCUCUGCUACCCUAUCUGUACGACGUCGCCAAAGUCAGCUACUUGUUGCGCCAAGACGAGCGCCCGAGUCCCUGUGAACUGAUGGCGAUGCUCGAUGAAAUGGAGUCAGCUGUCUACGCAUGGAACCCCGCGCUACCUCAGGACUGCGCCGACCGCUUCUUGCAGGAAGAAGUGGUGCGAUUACUGGCUCAAGCCAAGGUCUUUCGAUGGUUCAUACUCCUCAUGAUACAUCGCCUGCGCUAUCCUUAUGGCACAGAGUCGGCGGUGGGUACAGCACUGUCAGACGCAAUACUAAAAGAACUGCAGUCGAUACUCCAGCACACCAAAUCGUCCAUACCACACAUGGCGGUUCCCUUACUGAUUGCUUGCUUCGAAGUCACAGACGCCCGCGAUCGCCAAGCAGCAUUUGAGAAGAGUGAUGACUUAAUAGAUUUUUCACAGCAAUCGCGAAUCAAGUUCAAGGAUCAAUUGACUGCAUUUUGGGCAAUUAAGGACAUUCGGGGAGAGGUACAUUGGUCCGACGUAAUCUCAUGGCUUCCGCAAUGA